CAGGAAGUUGUCAACCCGUUGUCAACCAAACUUACAUGCCAAAUGUUGUUAGCUGCAGAAUGUUAAUUUUUGAUGGUGGGAAACGGUAAUUUCCUUUCUAAGGAUGAAUAGUUCUGAAGAAUCCAGCAGUACGUCAGGUAGAAGUGUUUUGACAACUGAGUUUGGUGGAGCCCACCAGAUGAACCCAACUCCAACCUAUUAUGAUGAAGAUACAGAAGUGCUGGCAGAACUUUGUCUGUCACCAGAAAAAUUGAAAGCCAUGACAAAUAAAGAAGACCUCGAUGAAGUCACCACACUGGACUUGUGUGUCGACACACAACACAAUACCCUUGGAAAUUUUGGUAGCUACUUGCCCAACCUGACACAGCUGAGAAUGAGCAACAGCCUGGUCUUUUCAGUGAGGGAUCUGGGAACGAGUCUUUCCCACCUGCAGGUCCUCUGGCUGGUGCGCUCCUGCCUGGCUGACCUGGACGGCAUCCCCUCACUCUCCUCACUCAAGGAGCUUUAUGUAGCCUACAACAACAUCUCUGACCUCAGCCAGGUCAGCAUGUUGGAAUGCCUGGAGGUGCUGGAUCUGGAGGGCAACAAUGUGGACGACCUGGUGCAGAUCCAGUACAUGGGCCUCUGCAGCCAGCUACGCACGCUCACCCUGGAGGGGAACCCUGUCUGCUCCUGCCCACGCCCAGGGGCAUCUCAGACAGAGGAGUACAGCUACCGGUCGGUGGUGCGGACUCUGGUCCCCCAGCUGCGUUACCUAGACGACGUCCCCGUGGAAGAGGAUGGGGAGGGGGAGGAGGAGGAGGAGGAGGGGGUGGUGGGAGGCCGAGCCCAGGCCCAUGAGGACUUGACCCUCCUCAAGGAAUCCAUCAAGGAGAACACCUCCAGCACCAACCUGCAGUUUAUAGAGGAGAGGGCUGCCAGUUCCUGCUCCCUCACCAGACCCGGUUCUGGAUCUCAGCGACCCGGCACAUCCCGCUGCUCCACCAGUCGACCAGGCAGUGCAAGACCCUCCUCGGGCUCCAGACCCGGCUCUGGAGAGUCCGACCCGGUCGUUCCUGAAACCACAGCUAGCGAGCUCACACAUGGAGCUGGCCGGAUCCUGUUAUGUGGAAACCCUGUUCAGGCCCUCCGAGCGCGCAGACAAAAGACCAAGCCCCAGGCUGCUGUCUUUCCUAGCAACACCUGUCUGCUACCGAGCCACGUUCCUGAACACACGUACGACACGCAUGAGGACUCUGAUGACCGAAACCGCAGUGAUGUGUUCGCGGAGCUUCGUACCUGGCGAAAAGAGCACAACAAACGGUUGCUUGCCAUUGAGAAGGAUCGGCAGCCACAGGUGAUGGCCAUACUCCAUGAUGAGGAAGACUACGAUGAAGGCAGCGAGGAUGACGAAGACGUGAGUGGUCAUAGUCUAACCAGCGAUCAUGAGGAAGAAGAGGAAGAGGAGGAGGAAACAAAAGAGAGCAGCGAGAAAACAAACUGGAGACGCUGGGGCAGCAUUGAUUCACCUGACUCAUCCUUCCGGUCGCUAUCCUCAGAUCUGUCGGAGCUGGAGGCUGUCUCCCCUGAUGACUGCUCCAGGCAGUCCCUCCCUCCGCAGCUCACGUUAACCGUGUCGCCCCCCUUACCGCCCGCCGGGCCCUCUGCUGGCCGCAAGCUGUCAGACGCCCGCGCACGGCGCCUCAAGCCCUUCCAUCAGCCCCAUCCACCACCACCAGGCACCGCCAGGCCAGAGCCACUGACUGUGCACAAGGAUCUGACAGCAGUAGCAGGGGGGAGACGCUCUGUGGGGAUGGGUAGGAGCCUUGCUGAGGAUUGCAGGCCAGCCUCCAGUCCCGUGCUCCCAGGCCACAGAGAACCAUGUUUAGGGGCUGUCGGAGGCGAUCCCCUGUCCACCAGUGAGCAUCAGCCGGUCAUACUAAACUCCAAAACCUUGGGCAGAUCCAACAUGGGUCUGAGCCCGCAGAGGCCCAGGACAGCUCGAGCCGCCUUGCAGAGACUUUCCAACCACUACCCACUGCUGCCCAGACGGCCCACUACUGAGCCCCAUUGACCCCAACAACUCACCUCACCCACCCAGCCACUCACUAUCUGUAGCCUACAGCAUUCACACGCGAACGCAUCCCCCUUCUGCAUUGACAAUGCAUCCUAAUGGAGAGGCCAGGCACAGUGGAUUCUUGCACAGCACGUUGUUGCACAGUUUAAACUCUGGGAAAAGAACACUUUUGUGUUUCUGCAGCUUCAUGGUAACAUGGUCAUUUUGUGUUUUGUUUGUUUUUACAACCGAUGAUUGUGAUUGUACAGUAAGUUAUAGCUUGUAUUAUUUUUUUUGGAAGGGACUACAUGAAAUAUAGUUUUUCAAAACAAAAAUGA